GUACAAUGAGAAGACCAUGAAUGAGGCUCUGAAUAAGGUUGAAAAGAUGGAGGCAAACCUUGGCGGAACAGAGAUUAUUCGGCCUCUCCAACACAUUUAUAGCCAGCCCUGCAUUCCUGAACAGCCUCGACAGCUGUUUGUUUUCACUGAUGGAGAGGUGGGAAACACCAAAGAAGUUAUUGACCUUGUUAAGAAGAAUUCAGGCUCCCACAGAUGUUUCUCCUUUGGGAUCGGAGAAGGCGCCAGCUCUGCUCUCAUCAACGGGAUGGCCAAAGAGGGAGGAGGUCACGCUCAGUUCAUCACCGGGACUGAUAGGAUGCAACCAAAGGUGAUGCAGUCACUCAGGUUUGCUCUGCAUCCCACUGUGGAGGAUGUUUCUGUCUCUUGGGAUUUACCAAAGGAAGUGUCUGCCACCAUACUCUCUCCUCCAAUCAGA